CGACAACGAGCUGACGUACCUGCUCGACACGCUCGUGAAGCUCGAGGCGCUGGAGGUGAAGAGCGACACCUGGAAGGACGCGGCGACCACCUGGAUGUCCAUCCUCGAGCUGCGGCCCCAGAUCGGCGUCGAGCGCGGCAUCGCCGUCAUCGACUGCAUCGCGAGCGACCAGAAGGUGCUCGACGCGCUCGGCGCCGCCAAGGCGCUCUUCGACAUCGAGGGCGACGCGCCGGCCGACAUCUUGGCGCGCGCCGCUAGAAGACACGGACACGCCCUCUCUCUUUGCGACCGCAAUAGGGACUGAGUUGAGACCGGAUUGCCUAUAGUACACGCCCUCUAGACAGCCCCGCGCGACAGCGUCCCUCCCCCUCCGCCUCGCACGCAGGCGCGGCUCAGCAAGGACACCGGCGGCCACAUCCGCGCCAACGGCUACCGCUACCGCAAAAAGAUCAACCUCGAGCUCGCGCGGAUCCGCCGCGUGCGCGACCUGCAGAUGCGCGGCGUGGCGCUCGUCGGGACGGCGAUUGCGGCUGCGCUCAUCUCGACCUUCAACUACCUCUACUCCGUCGCCGACGGCGUGGAGCCGUGGUGGCUGCCGCCGGCCGUCGUGCUCGGCGUCCUCUGCAUCCUCCUUCCCGCCGCCGCGAUCCUCGUCUACCUCUACCUCCUGAACAAGCGCAAGCCCGCGCGGGGCUCGAGGCUGGGCGGCGGGCUCGGGCACGGCGCCUGAGCUUCCUCCACCGACCCCGGGAGGAGGGCCGCGCCUGGCCCUUAGUUCCCUCUCUGCCGCCGCCGCGGCCUGUGCAAGCCUAGCCUGAGGGCUCGAGGCCGUGGGCGGCGGGCGCAGGCGCUACGGACCUGAACGCGCGGGAAACGGGGAUGUGACGCACUCUAGCGCACAUAGUCUAUAGGCUCUGGGCAUAGUCCGCCGCAGUACGUGUUUCUCGCGGCAAUCUACUCGUUGAUGCCUCUUGUGUACAUGAGCGAACGAUACUACGUGUUGAUUCAUGGUGUUC